CCGGUCCAAUCCGGUUUUCAAAAACCUAGGGUUUCUUAUAUGCUGCUUACAAAAUCAGAGACGCCGUAUCACAAAGAUUAGAGUUGGAGACUCUUCAGCGGCUCUCACUUCUAUCCGGCACUGAUUUGUGUACCUGAACCAUGAAGCAUAACAAUGUUAUACCCAAUGGGCACUUUAAGAAGCACUGGCAGAACUAUGUGAAGACCUGGUUUAACCAACCGGCUCGCAAAGCCAGAAGAAGAACUGCUAGACAAAAGAAGGCCGUGAAGAUUUUUCCUCGACCUACUGCUGGAGCACUUCGUCCCAUUGUUCAUGGGCAGACAUUGAAGUAUAAUAUGAAAGUCAGAGCUGGGAGGGGAUUUUCCCUUGAGGAGCUCAAGGCAGCAGGCAUUCCAAAAAAAUUGGCCCCAACUAUUGGCAUAUCUGUUGAUCAUCGCCGCAGGAACCGUUCCCUAGAGAGUCUGCAGACUAAUGUUCAGAGGCUGAAGACAUACAAGGCCAAGUUGGUUGUCUUCCCACGCCGUGCUCGCAAAUUCAAGGCUGGUGAUUCUGCUCCUGAGGAAUUGGCAACAGCUACUCAAGUCCAAGGUCCUUACAUGCCGAUCGUGCGUGAGAAGCCUACUGUGGAGCUUGUUAAGGUCACAAACGAGAUGAAGUCAUUCAAGGCCUAUGAUAAAUUGCGCGUGGAGCGGAUGAACCAACGCCAUGUUGGUGUCAGGAUGAAGAAGGCUGCGGAGGCCGAGAAGGAAGAGAAAAAAUGAUCAAGUAAUACUAGCCCAUCCUAGUAUUGAACAUCUAUGGCCUUUUUUAUAUGGAGUUAAUUUGAACCAUUAUAUAUGCACAAGCUUUGAUCCUUGUUCUGAUGACAUUUUUGAAUUAAGAUUGAUGGUAUGUUCCUUUUGAUUA